AUGCCUUAUCUGACCAAACCUUUGAUUUUGUGCGUUUUGCUGCUCUGUCUGGUCGUCACGGGAGGCUGUCGCAAACACGGCCACCGGGUGAGGAGAUCAUGGACCGGGAGCGUGGAGUCGCCAACACAGACCAAUACUCAAACCCAAACGGUGAAACACGGCCCGUCACUCGCCAAGAAGCCUCCAGAUGUGACCAAGUCUCGCAAAGUCAAGACGGAGCAUUUACUCAGAGUAGAUGAUCACGACUUCACCAUGAGGCCUGGUUUUGGAGGCCCUGCGAUCCCUGUGGGCGUGGAUGUGCAGGUGGAGAGCUUAGACAGCAUCUCAGAAGUCGACAUGGACUUCACCAUGACGCUGUACCUGAGGCACUACUGGAAGGACGAGCGCCUGACCUUCACCAGCUCCAUAAACAAAAGCAUGACGUUCGACGGGAGACUGGUCAAAAAGAUCUGGGUCCCCGAUGUCUUCUUCGUCCACUCCAAAAGGUCCUUCAUCCACGACACCACCACGGACAAUAUCAUGCUCCGAGUCUUUCCUGAUGGACACGUGCUCUACAGUCUGAGGGUGACGGUGACUGCUGCCUGUAACAUGGACUUCAGCCGCUUCCCUCUGGACUCUCAGACCUGUUCUCUGGAGCUCGAGAGCUAUGCAUACACGGACGAGGACCUGAUGUUGUACUGGAAGAGCGGAGAUGAGUCUCUGAGCACAGAUGACAGAAUAUCUCUCUCUCAGUUUCUCAUUCAGAAGUUCCACACUACGUCCAGACUGGCCUUCUACAGCAGCACAGGCUGGUACAACCGUCUGUACAUAAAUUUCACUCUUCGGCGCCACAUCUUCUUCUUCCUGCUGCAGACGUACUUUCCAGCCACGCUCAUGGUCAUGCUGUCCUGGGUGUCCUUUUGGAUCGACCGCCGAGCAGUGCCGGCCCGCGUCUCCCUCGGCAUCACCACGGUCCUGACCAUGUCCACUAUCAUCACUGGAGUCAACGCAUCUAUGCCCAGAGUGUCCUAUAUCAAAGCGGUGGACAUAUACUUGUGGGUCAGCUUCGUUUUUGUCUUUCUGUCCGUCUUGGAGUACGCCGCAGUCAAUUAUCUCUCCACCGUGCAGGACAGGAGGGAGAGGAAGAUGAGAGAGAGAGCUCGGUCCCAGUCUUUACCGUGCACAUGUGGAAUCUCCCAGACCAGGACCAUGACCAUGCUGGAUGGGACCUACAGCGAGGCAGACACCAACAGCCUGGCGGGCUACACGGAGGAACCCAUGAGUCCGGACAUGGAGCAGGAAGAGAUGCACGAAGUCCCCGAGAAACCUGAACACAUGGUGGUGCAUUUGUCCGUUAGUAGCGAAUCCACCAACACCAAGAAGAAGAAGAGCAUGCGAGCGCUAAACAUCAUACAAAACACGCACGCCAUCGACAAGUAUUCGCGGAUGAUUUUCCCCGGGUCUUACAUCUUCUUCAAUCUUAUUUAUUGGUCGGUUUACUGCUGA